GGCGCAUGCGCGGGAAGGUGGGGGCGGGGCCGCGCUCAAUUCCUGCCUGGCGCCGCACCCCCAGCGCGAAGCGGCGGCGGCGAGGGGCGCGUUCAGUUCCAGCUGAAGAAACGAGCUGAUCUACAUGUGCUUCACCAUCCGUUGGGAGAAUGACAGAUGACAAAGAUGUGCUUCGAGAUGUGUGGUUUGGACGCAUACCGACCUGCUUCACUCUGUAUCAGGAUGAGAUAACCGAGAGGGAAGCUGAGCCUUAUUAUUUGCUUUUGCCAAGAAUAAGCUACUUGACGCUGGUAACAGACAAAGUGAAGAAACACUUCCAGAAAGUUAUGAGACAAGAGGAAGUUAAUGAGAUAUGGUUUGAAUAUGAAGGUACGCCACUGAAAUGGCAUUACCCAAUUGGUUUGCUGUUUGAUUUGCAUGCAUCAAAUACAGCCCUUCCUUGGAGCAUCACAGUGCAUUUCAAGAAUUUUCCAGAAAAGGAUCUUCUGCACUGCCAUUCUAAGGAUGUGAUUGAAGCUCAUUUUAUGGCUUGCAUAAAAGAAGCAGAUGCUUUAAAGCACAAAAGUCAAGUCAUCAAUGAGAUGCAAAAAAAGGAUCAUAAGCAACUGUGGAUGGGGUUACAGAAUGAUAAAUUUGAGCAAUUUUGGGCUAUAAACCGAAAACUCAUGGAGUAUCCUCCAGAAGAUAGUGGAUUUCGGUACAUCCCAUUUAGAAUUUAUCAGGCAACAACAGAGAGACCUUUUAUACAAAAGCUGUUUCGACCAAUUGCUUCUGGAGGACAAUUGCACACUCUGGGAGAUCUUCUAAAAGAUGUGUGUCCUAGUGCUAUCACCCCUGAAGAUGGAGAGAAGACGACUCAAGUGAUGAUUCAUGGAAUUGAGCCAAUGCUGGAAACACCACUACAGUGGCUAAGCGAACAUAUGAGCUAUCCAGAUAAUUUUCUUCACAUUAGUAUCAUUCCCCGACCUACUGAUUGAAACUUGGCUAUAUUGGUAUGAGGAUCAUUCUCAAGGUGGAAUUCUAGGGGCGUGUUAACUACUUGCUUGUAUCAGUCUUGAGACAGGCAGCCUGACCAGAAAAAAAAAAACAAACAAAAAAUGAAACAAAACAAGAAGUCCUCACUGCUGCAAGCCAAACAGGAAGAGAGAUCCUAUCAUCAGAUAAGGGCAAUUGGGCUGAUCUUAUUUUGCAUCACUGCUGCUUUUCUUCACCGCUGUAAUUAAACUUCAGUUGCGUUAUGAAAGAAUUUACAGGACCUCUGCAAGUCUGCUGUUUUCUUGUAAAAUGUAAUGAAGCUGAAACUGUCAGCUGAAGAGCAAAUGGAAAUAUGCCACUCGAUUAUAUUUCUGAUUACCAAAUAGGCAGGGCUAUUUCCUAAAGCGGUAACGUUUCAACUUCGAGAGUGGAAACAUUGGUUUAGUUUUCUAGAAAAGUUAGGCACCGGCAGACUUAGUUACCAAUAGCUUUUUUGUAAAAGAUCGAAUUACUGUAAACCCAUCUUUCCUUAAUGAGAAUGUCAUGUUUACAGUAUGUGUAUUGGUAUGCAAAUGAUCUUUUAACUUUGAUAACAAACAGCCAGAGAUUUUAAAAGCAAGCCCAUCAGCAUGUUUUGUCGUUUAAAAACAUGCACAACUUAAUAAUUUCCAAAUACUUUUGAUUUGUAUGCUGUCACUGAGUACUCCGGUAUGUGUAUUAUUCCAGCCAGUUUUCAUAGACUAGCAAUGUUGUAGGAUAAUUUGUCUCAGGACUUGUCAUGACGUUUCUUUGUGUUCGUUUAAUUUUUUUUUUCUCUGAGAAUAUUUUCUUUAAUUGGUUCAAAAAGUUUGGAAAAAAAAAAAAAAAAGUAAACGAAUGUUGCAAACUCUUGUAUCCUGCUGUUUAUUCCCUUAGACAAGAAAACAGUUAAAUUGUAGGAUGAUCAGCAGAUUUAUUGCUUUUUAAUAAUUUUAGUUUUUAGAAAGCGGAGGCUUUUCCAGCCUAAUUCUUCCUUGCUUCUGAGUUUACUUUUUUACUGUGAUCCUUGGGCAAUCAGUCUGAAAUUUGAAAGAUUAUAAUGUCAUCGCACAGAAUUUUCCUUAUUUUGGCAAAACUGUUCUUAGGCUAUGGGGGUGCUUUGUUUCUGAAUGUUCUUACCAUUACAGCUGCUGCUAGGAUCUGGACACUUUUUGUGUUACGUUGAAUUCGUCCAAGUCUGUGCCAUAUUGCUUUGUCUGCAGUCUGGUUGUGUGUGGCACAACGCUGUGUUUAUAGUAGACAUAUUAGCAAGUAUGUCAAAUAUUAUCAAAUAUAUAUUUAAAAAAAAAAAAAAAAGCAUGACAUUUUUCUAUCAAAAAGAGUGUAGCUGUUGAAGUUACUACUCGGUUAUGGCUUGCAAAUGUCCUGAUAACUCCCACUGCUGUUCCCAUUCUGCUUGUUUCUGUUCUUUUUGGUAGAAUAUUUACCUGUAGCUGGGAAAGAACAAAAUGGAAAUCAAUCAAACAAACAAAAAACUCUUUUAGAAGCAGGGGGGGGGAGGGAUCUCCUGGGAUGAGGAUAGAAUUGAGGCUA